AUGGGAAGAUUGGUACGACUUGAAUUACAAAAUUUCAAAUCAUAUAAAGGACAUCAAAUAAUAGGUCCAUUUUAUGAUUUUACAUCUAUUAUAGGACCAAAUGGCUCAGGAAAAAAUUUAAGUAUUUAUUUUUUUCAUUUAAUAACGUAUACAGGAAAGUCAAAUUUAAUGGAUGCUAUAUCAUUUGUUUUAGGUCUUAAGUCAUCUCAAUUACGCUCAUCUCACUUUAUGGACCUCAUUUAUCGUGAAACUAUAUUAAACGAAAAUAGCUUACAAAGAAAACCAGAUAUUGGAGUUAAUGAUGCAUGGGUAAUGCUCGUGUAUGAAAAUGAUAACGGAAAUUACAUACAAUACAAGAAAACAAUAUCUCCGUCCGGAGUAACAGAGUGUCUGAUUGAUAAUAAAGUAGUUACAGUUGCUGCUUAUAAUAAAGCUCUUGAAGCCCAUAACAUUCUUGUUAAAGCAAAAAACUUUUUAGUAUUUCAGGGUGAUGUAGAGGCAAUUGCAUCUCAAUCUCCAAAAGAUUUAACUAGACUCAUAGAACAAAUAAGCGGAUCAUUAGAAUAUAAAUCUGAAUACGAAAAACUUAAAAUAGAACAGGAGAGAGCAAUAGAUAAUUCUACUUAUGCCUUUCAUAGAAAACGAGGAAUUAAUGCAGAGAUUAAGCAAUACAAAGAACAAAAAGCAGAAGCUGAAAAUUAUUCAGCAAAAUUGGAUGAAAGAGACGAUGCAAUUGCAUUACAUUUGUUAUGGAAAUUAUUUCAUUUAGAAUGCAAAAUAAACAGCAAUAAAGAAGUUAUUUUUCAUAAUAUUUCUAAAUCUGCAGAAUUAAAUAGAGAAAAGAAAAAAUUUCAAGAAAAUUUAUAUGAAACUAAAAAAAUUCAAGCAAAAGUAAUGAAAGAUAUUUUAAAACAAGAAAAAUCUAUUAGAGAAAAAGAAAAAGCAUUAGAAGAACAACAACCAGCUCUUAUAACGGCAGAAGAAAAAAUAAAUGGCGCAAACAUGAGCAUUAAAAAAUAUAGCUCUAGGAUUAAUGAAAUAGAAAGGGAUCAAUCUAGACAAUCAAAUUACAUUUUAUCUUUUGAAAAAGACUUAUCUAUAGUAAAGAAAGCUCUUCAAAAUUUUGAAGAGAAACAAGCAAAAUUAGCAAAACAAAAAGGUGUUAUUUUUAAUGAUUUCGACUUAGAAAAAUAUAAAAAAUUAAAAACUAAAGUAAAUAAUGAAGCAUCUAUUCAAAAACAAGAAUUGGAAAAUCUACUUCGCCAGUAUAAAAUAGAUUCUGAAUCUACUAACAUUCUUCAAGAAAAAUUUAACCAAUUAAAAAAACAAAAAGACAUUCUUGAAGAUGAAGUUUAUUUACUCUCUAUGCAAAAAUCUGAAAUGAACGAAAAAGUAAACCAAUUAAUGCAAGAUUUAAAAAGAGAAGAAAGUAAUUUAGAAGUUGCUCAUUCGUCUCGUAUUCGAAUAGCACAAAAAGAAGUAGAGCUUAAUGAAAAAUUACAAGAAUGCCUUAAUAAAUUGCUUCAAAUUAACGCAGACAAACGAGAAUCAGAACGUGAACUAAAAACAAAAGAUAUUGUUAAUACAUUGAAGAGAAUAUUUCCAGGAGUUCGUGGACGCAUUAUAGACUUAUACCAGCCUACUCAAAGAAAAUAUGAAAUUGCAGUUGCUACUAUUUGCGGAAAAAAUAUAAACUCUAUUGUUGUUAACAACCAAAAAAUUGCCAAGGAAUGUAUCGAAUAUCUUCAUGAUCAAAGAUUAGGAGUUUUAACGUUUAUACCAUUAGAUACAUGUCAAGUCAAAUCUAUUGACCAAAAAUUACGAAAUAUUCAUCCUCAAGCACGUUUAGCAAUCGACGUUAUUAGUUAUGAAUCUUCUGUUGAAAGGGCUAUACAAUUUGCAAUUGGAAAUGCAUUAAUAUGUGAUGAUUUUAAUAUUGCUAAAAAUAUUCGCUAUAAUAGGGAUAUAGAAGCCAAAAUUGUAACAUUAGAUGGAACAGCUCUUCAUAAAGCAGGACUUAUAACUGGAGGACAAAAUCGUAAUUUUAAACAAGAACAAAAAUGGGAUGAAAACGAAAUCGAAGCUCUUAAACAACUCCGCGAUAAUCUUAUGAAUCGUCUCCAAGAUAUACAGAAAGAUAAAAAACGAAAUAUGACGGAAGAAAUUGCAAGUUCAAAUAUUUCAGGAUUAAAGCCACAGCUUGAAUUUUCUAAAGAAAACUUGAACAUAAUACAAAGAAAUCUUAAUGGAAAAAAAGAAGAAAUAGAGCACAUAAAAAGACAAUUAAAAGAAAUGCCCUCUAAACUUGAAAAAGAUCAAAACUUGCUUAAUGAAAAUACAAAAAAAAUAUCAGAGCUUCAAAAUAAAAUAAACGAUAUAGAGGAUAAAAUUUUUCAAGACUUUUGUUCAAAAAUAAAAGUAAAAAAUAUAAGAGAAUAUGAAAAUAGUCAUGGAUCAUGGGUUCAAGAAACAACAGAAAAAAGGAUGAGUUUCUUGACACAGGAAUCGAAAUUAAACAAUCAGUUAACUUUUGAAAAACAAAGACUUGACGAAACAUCUGAAAGAAUCAAAAAACUACAAAUGUUUAUAAAUAGAGAUUCAUUAUUAAUAUUAGAACUCGAAAAAAAAAAAAAAGAAACUCAAGAAACCAUAAACAUUUUAAAAACUGAAUUGCUACAAAAACGAGAAACUCAUACAAUUAAAAAAAAAGAACAUGACAAAAAAGCACAAGUUGUUAAUGAACUUUGCCAAGAAAUAAAUAAACUAACAAAGCAAACUGAUUUGCUUUUUAAAAUGAAUUCUGAAGCAGAAUCUGAAAUUGAAAGAAUAUCAUCUGAACGAUAUGCAAUUUUUAAACGCUGUAAACUUGAAGAAAUUAAUAUUCCUCUUAUUUCGGGAAACCUUAAUGAUAUUCCAAUUGAUGAAUCAAUAAUGCAAAAUCAUAUAAAUACAAAAAGUGAGGAAGUCAAUGAAUCAAAUAUCAUAGUUUCUGAUUGGAAAAUUGAAAUUGAUUAUAGCUCAUUAGACAAAAGUCUUAAAGAGAACGGAUCUAUAGAUAUAGAAAAUCGUUUAUUUGAAAAAAUAUCAGAACUAACAUCUGAAAUAGAAAAAAUUGCUCCUAAUAUGAAAGCUAUUGAACGUUUAGAAGGUGUAGAAAGCAAAUUGCACGACACUGAAAAAGAUUUUGAUAAAGCACGUAAAGAAGCUAAACAAGCGAGAGAUAAUUUUAAUGCAAUAAAGCGGAAAAGAUAUUCAUUAUUUUACAAAGCAUAUACACAUAUAUCAGAACAAAUAGAUCAAAUAUAUAAAGAUCUAACUAAAAGUAAAUCAUUUCCUUUGGGUGGAACAGCUUAUCUAAGCUUAGAAGAUACCGAGGAGCCUUAUCUAAACGGUGUUAAAUAUCAUGCAAUGCCUCCAAUGAAACGAUUUAGAGAUAUGGAACAAUUAUCAGGAGGCGAGAAAACUAUAGCAGCAUUAGCAUUACUAUUUGCAAUUCAUUCUUAUAAACCAUCACCAUUUUUCGUAUUAGAUGAGGUUGAUGCAGCAUUAGACAAUGCAAAUGUAACCAAAAUUGCAAACUACAUACGUCAGCAUGCAGGCAAUGGGUUUCAGUUUAUUGUUAUUAGCUUAAAAAAUGGUCUUUUUCAUCAAUCAGAAGCAUUACUAGGAAUUUAUAGAGAGCAUGCUUCUAAUAGCUCAAGGUCUUUGACAUUAAAUGUUUUAUUUCAUUCUUUUAUUUUUUAA